AUGAAUACUGUACUUCUCGGUUUCCAUCUAGUCAUUCUAGCAGGCGCUGCCUGGGCAUCCACUGAUGAAACCCGUUUGGUCAAAACCCUCUUCACUGGCUACAAUAAGGUCGUCCGCCCUGUCAGUCACUUCAAGGACCCGGUGGUUGUUACCGUGGGCCUUCAGCUCAUCCAGCUCAUCAGUGUGGAUGAGGUCAACCAGAUUGUCAGCAGCAACGUGCGACUGAAACAGCAAUGGAAAGAUGUGAACUUGCACUGGAACCCAGAGGAUUACGGUGGCAUCAAAAAGAUCAGAGUUCCCUCCACUGACAUUUGGCGCCCUGAUCUGGUUCUGUACAACAAUGCUGAUGGAGACUUUGCCAUCGUUCACGAGACCAAAGUGCUGCUGGAGCACACGGGAAAGAUCACGUGGAACCCACCUGCCAUCUUCAAGAGCUACUGUGAAAUCAUUGUGCUGCAUUUCCCCUUUGACCUCCAGAACUGCAGUAUGAAGCUGGGCACCUGGACCUAUGAUGGAAACUUGGUCGUCGUCAACCCUGACAGUGACCGCCCUGAUCUGAGUAACUUCAUGGAAAGUGGAGAGUGGGUGAUGAAGGAUUUCCGUGGCUGGAAGCACUGGGUUUACUACGCUUGCUGCCCAGAAACCCCAUACCUGGACAUCACCUACCACUUCCUCAUGCUGCGGCUCCCUCUGUACUUCAUUGUCAACGUCAUCAUCCCUUGCAUGCUCUUCUCCUUCCUGACUGGCCUUGUCUUCUAUCUUCCUACAGACUCUGGUGAGAAGAUGACUCUCAGCAUCUCUGUCUUGCUGUCUCUCACUGUGUUCCUGCUGGUCAUUGUGGAGCUGAUCCCCUCUACCUCCAGUGCUGUACCACUCAUUGGGAAGUACAUGCUUUUCACCAUGGUUUUUGUCAUUGCCUCCAUCAUCAUCACUGUCAUCGUCAUCAACACCCACCACCGCUCCCCAAGCACCCACACAAUGCCAGACUGGGUCCGCAAGGUUUUUAUUGAAACCAUUCCCAACAUCAUGUUCUUCUCAACAAUGAAACGCCCAGGAAAGGAAAAGCCAGCUAAAUCCAACAUCUACGGUGGUGAUUUUGACAUCUCAGAUAUCUCUGGCAACCAGGCCACUUCUGUCCCCUACCAGUCACCCAUUAUCAAGAACCCUGAUGUCCGCAGUGCCAUUGAAGGAAUCAAGUACAUCGCAGAAACCAUGAAAUCAGAUGAGGAAUCCAACAAUGCUGCUGAGGAGUGGAAGUUUGUGGCCAUGGUGUUGGAUCAUAUUCUGCUGUGUGUGUUCAUGGCUGUGUGUCUCAUCGGCACAUUAGGCGUGUUCGCAGGCCGUCUCAUUGAGCUGAGCAUGCUCUAAAGGCCUAAGCCUCAUGUUAGACCGGUUUAACCUCUCUAUUGACCAGUUUGUUACUCAAUGUGAAGUGUAUGACCUUUGUUUUUGAAGCUACUGUAUUCAGCACUCACAGUAUAAACAGCCUGUUGAAGUCUCUGUUUGCUUUUUGGUGUUGGAAGAAUGAUAUUUGUGCAUGGAAACAGUCGUGCUGUAUACAGUAUCUUCAGCACGUUUUAUGUUAGAGUAGCGUUGAUUUUCUUUUUUAAAAGGAUAUAUGUGUGAAAUUGAACUGUUGAAUUGAACUGUUGAAUUGAUUCAAAAGAAAUAUCUGAGAUUUUUUCUUUGACAUGUUUAUAGGGAACAACUGAAUAAAGGGGGUUUUGUCAGAUCUGUAAGUGCA